AUGGAACCCGAAUUUCGGCAAUUUGCACAAAAUUUGGACGAUGAUCAUCGCUUUGAAUGGCCAAAUAACAAACAUUUUGGUAAUGCCAUGGGCGAUAUCAUUGAUAUCUACGAAAACAAUUUGAUUACAAAUUUGAACACGCACCCAGGGAAACGAUUACGCGAAUAUCUCAACAUGAAGGUGUACAAGAUUAAUUCGAAUCCGUAUUCGGUUUUCAAAUUUCAAGAAAAGGAUGUUAGUGCGUGUAUCCGUUUGGCUAUUUAUGGAAAUGAUGUAGUCAUUCGUGGAAUGGAUGAUGUCGCCAAACGUGAGAGAGUCCAAUGGCUGAUGGAUUACAUUCGCCGAAUUUGCUGGUGGGAUAUUCCAAACAAUAAUUUGGGUUUAUUCACGAAAAAACAAUGGUUCAAAUCGUUGCAAAUCUGGCUUACUAUGCAGCGCGAGAUUGAUGAAUUCAACAUUGAUCAAGAGCUACGAGAAGAACGCAAAGAACAAAGACAAGAGCAACGAAAGCAACGUCGUCAAAAACGAAAACAAGAUGGCCAACAACAAUCGAAUUCGUCUGAGGAUAAUGCAAAGAACAACGUACCGAAAAUCAAAAAUUUGACGGUUAUUCCAAUUUGUCAAUUCAAGCGCAAGUAUUUUCCCAUCGAUACUUUCACGCUGUAUAAAAUAUUAUGCGGUUUGAAGCUCAUGCCAAAGAACGAUAAUGAAAUACAGCUGACAUCGAAAGAAUUUCAGCGCGACAAAGAGUGGUAUUGGGACAAAAUUUUUGAUAUGCCGAAAAUCAAACGGCUUGGCAAACGAAAGAAAAUGUUCCAUUAUCGAAUAAUGUCAGAUGGCGAAGGAGUUUCGUUGCUAUAUGAUAUUGAACGAGAGCCGUUCAAACCAAUUGACAAAGCGGCGAUCCGAAAACGAUUCGUUGAAAAUGGACCUGACAAAAUUAAGAAAUUGUUGGGCAUUGAUCCGAAUGAAAAAACGUUGAAUGCGACAGUGCAACGUGAUGUAGAAACGGGCAAAGAGGUUAACAUCAAGAUAAGCUCAAAACAUUAUCAUUGGAUCGCCAAACAAAAGGUACGAAACAAGAAGGCAAAACGUUAUACGAAGUCAUUCACUCAAGAGGAACAAAAUGAUCGAAAUAAUCGGGCACUGUAUCCCGUGAUGCCGUCUCCCAUGGGAAAACAUUGGUUGUGUUAUGUGCAUCAUCGAUUGAAAAUGUUGGACAAAGGAAUGGAGGCGUAUGCAUCGGACAAAUAUACGCGGCUGUGUUUCGACAAAUACGUCGAAUCAAACAGUGCAAUCGAUCAAAUUGCCGGCAUGUUGGUGAAUUAUGAAGCAGCAGUGGUGUAUUUUGGAGCGGCUGAAAUAUCACCAAAUCUACCGUUCCAUAUCAAGAAGCAUGUGAGAUGCCCCAAAAUGAAGAAUGCCUUCAAAAAGCGUGGUGAUUGUGUCAUUGUGCCGACGGAUGAAUAUUAUACGUCUCAAACUUGUCCAAAGUGUUUGGAAAGAUUUGAUCCCCGCACAAAAAGUCAUCGGUUCAAAGUCUGUCAAGACUGUAAGCCCCAUCCAGCUGCUAUGUUGCCAUCCAUGAUCGUAACACAGAUGGGCACACGAAAAUUGCAGACAUUUCGGAAAAUAGAUCGAAUAGCAAAUGCAGAAGCAGAAGCAAAUCAUCAAAAUGCAGGACCUUUACUCUCAAAGGUGGUAGUAUACCGCAAAAUCUGGCUAGUAAACCCUGAUAGUGGUGUUUUGGAAUACGCUGAUACUGAUGCUGCUCAACAACAACUGAGUGCUGCUGAACAACUUAACGCGCUUGUAGCUGCAAUUGAGGUGGAAUUUAUCGAUUUUGAGGGGCGAAUCAAACGCAAGACAGUUUGGCAUCGCGACAUUGCCGCUGCGAAAUGCAUCCCCAUCAAGGGGCAUUUUUGGCUGUUUGACCUGGAGAUACCCAAGACAUUACAGAGACCAGCGCCUGCAGCUCAAAACAAUCAGUAUUAAGCAUCAGCUAGCCAUUUAAUAAAAUUAAUUUAAAAAUUUAUACGGUAACACUUUGUUACUUUCCGCUAUGCCUGAAGCUGUGGUAUAGUAGGCUUUGCCUGACGCACC